AUGAGCUUAAAGGAGUUGGAGAAGAAAGAAGGAGCCAUACAGAGAAGAAAAAUUUUUGUUGUGGUUGGAAUGGCAGGAAGUGGAAAGACAACCUUCUGCCAGAGGCUAUACUCAUGGAUCUCUCAGGACGAAUGCAGAAUAGAUGCAGCAACUGGGCUGAAUGCAUCUAUAUACUCAAUCAACCUAGAUCCUGCCGUUGUGAAUGCAAAGAUGCCAUUGAAUCUUGACAUAAGGGAUGUUGUGGACUACCAUGAAACCAUGGAGAAGUAUGAGUUGGGGCCGAAUGGGGGAAUUACAACAUGUCUGAAUCUAUUUCUCUUGAAUAUCGGGACAUACAUUGACAGGAUAGUGGAAGAGUAUGUUAUUGUAGACACACCUGGCCAAAUCGAGGCAUUUACAUGGUCAUCCCCCGGAUAUGUGCUAAUAGAAACACUCAAGACCAUUGGAGAUGUUAUUCUCGUAUAUACGGUUGACUCCCUGUCUUCCCACAAGCAUGCUGUGUUCAUGUCAAACAUGAUGUAUGCAGCUUCCCUGAUGUGCAGAUAUGAAGUUGAAACGCUCUGUCUCUUCAACAAAAAGGAUUUGUCUGGGAGCGAACUCCUCGAGGAAUGGAUCUCGGACUAUGAGAAAUUCCGGGAGUCGUUGAAUGAGGACGACAUGUUUUCUCCUGUUUUGGGCUCAAUGGCCCUCCAUUUCGAGGAGUUUUACAAUUCGAUAAGAACGGUAUCUGUUUCCUCGUAUACGGGAUACGGGAAAUCGGACUUUUUUGGUGCUGUUGAUCAGAUGCUUGACGAGAAGUACUUGAGGAAAUAA